AUCUCAUCGCCACGUAAACAGAUAAGACCCGUAAUCAGGUAACAGGCGAGGCGCCGCACCUGGAUAUCUGAGGACACCCCGCGUACGCUUGAUGACGUCACCAAUAUGUGUCAACGUCGAGUUAAUUAAUUCAGUCAGACUGACUGCCAUCUACCUGAAACAGGUUGUCUCUGAGGAGGUAUCGACCUGUCACCACUAGCUGCUGAGACCAGACACCUGCCUCUGCUUCAGACUAUGGCUUCUCGACCUGAACUAGAGGACCAGAAAUCCACAGGAUCCACAGAGAAGCACAAAGAUGAUCAACUCAGUGAGAACUCAGAGACAGAAGAGAAGGCUUUUUCCAUGGCGCCGGCCCAUUCCACUGUGGCCCUGGUAGAGACGGGGGUUGAGGGGGAGGACGACCCAUGGGACUUACCAGAACUACAGGACGGGGCGGCAGCAUGGUCAGAUCUAGACACCAAGGGGAAGGUGUUGAGGGUGGUGACGUCGACAGGGAAGGGACUUCUGCUGCUGGGGUUCCUGUACAUGUUCAUCUGUUCACUAGACAUCCUCAGCUCUGCCUUCCAACUGGUCGGAGGUAAAGCAGCAGGGGACAUCUUCACAGAGGGCUCAGUGCUGUCUAACCCUCUGGCUGGUCUGGUCAUAGGAGUACUGGUCACUCUGCUGGUUCAGAGCUCCUCUACCUCCUCUUCUAUAGUGGUCAGCAUGGUCUCCUCUGGACUGUUACAGGUCCAGAUGGCUGUUCCUGUCAUCAUGGGAACCAACAUCGGAACCUCCGUCACCAACACGCUUGUUGCCAUGACGCAGGCUGGCGACCGCAACAAGUUCCGCAGGGCCUUUGCUGGAGCUACAGUGCAUGAUUUCUUCAACUGGCUGUCUGUGCUGGUCCUGCUGCCUCUGGAGGUGGCGUCGGGUUACAUGUACGAGCUGACCAAGCUGCUGGUUGACUCCUUCAACAUCCAGAGUGGAGAGAAGGCUCCAGAACUCCUCCAUGUCAUCACCGACCCUCUCACAAAGGCAAUCAUCGAGUUGGAUCAAUCAGUCAUCAGUGGUAUUGCUUCAGGUGACCCGGAUACCAGGAAUAAGAGUCUCAUCUUAAAAUGGUGCAAAACAUUCACCAAUGUGACCCUGAGGAAUGAGACGGUCCCUGGGCCAGAGAACUGCACCUCCCCAGCCCUCUGUUGGUGUUCCCCGGACCUCUGCUACACUCUACACAACAUCUCAGAGACCUACAACAUACAGACAUGUAAUCAUAUCUUUGUGAACGUGGACCUGUCUGACCUGACCAUAGGUCUGAUCCUGCUGGCUCUGUCUCUGCUGGUGCUGUGUUCCUGUCUCAUCCUCAUCGUCAAGCUGCUCAACUCCAUGCUCAAGGGACAGGUGGCCGUAGUCAUCAAGAAGAUCCUCAACACAGAUUUCCCGUUCCCCUUUGGCUGGGUGACAGGUUAUAUCGCCAUGCUGGUCGGAGCUGGAAUGACCUUCAUUGUCCAGAGUAGUUCUGUAUUCACCGCCGCUAUCAAUCCACUCAUUGGUAUUGGUGUGAUCAGCAUCGAGAGGGCGUACCCUCUGUCGCUAGGGGCCAACAUCGGCACGACGACCACGGCUAUACUGGCAGCCAUGGCAGCACCUGGAAACACUCUGGCCAACGCUCUACAGAUCGCUCUGAUCCACUUCGUGUUCAACGUGUCUGGUAUCAUCUUGUGGUAUCCAAUCCCCUUUACCCGUAUCCCCAUCCGAUUGGCUAAGGCCCUGGGUAACAUCACGGCAGACUAUCGCUGGUUCGCCGGCGUCUACAUAAUUUCCUGCUUCUUCCUCCUGCCCCUCUUCGUCUUCGGCCUAUCGAUGGCCGGCUGGAAGGUGCUGGUUGGUGUGGGUGUUCCCAUAGUGGCCUUGUUGAUCAUCAUCAUUAUAGUGAACGUGCUCCAGGCACGGCUGCCCAGCUGUCUCCCCACAGUACUACGCUCCUGGGACUUCCUGCCUCUCUGGGCUCACUCCUUAGAACCCUGGGACCGUGUGGUCGCCGUGGUAGCAGCCAAAUGCUGCUGCUGUUGCAAGGGCUGCCAGACUGGACAGGAGGAGGAGGAGGAGGAAGAGGAGGACGAGAAGAAGAAAGGAGGAGGGCGUUUCCUGGAGAUGUACGACAACCCUGCCAUGAUGAACGGUGUUGACUGGGAGAAAAAGAGGGAGGACAAAGAGGAUGUCUUGAAAGCAACGCAGCUUUGAUGCGUCGUAACACUUCGUAACCCUUCAUGUAGGCGUAACCGCUUCAUAUAGGCAUUAUAACCCGUCUAUAAUGUGAUUAUGGUAUUAUGACUCUUCUAUAACAUGGUUAUAAAAGUGCUAUGUAGGGUUGCCAAAUUCCAGUAACUAUCCCAGAAUUCCCUGUUGUUUUUCCAGAAAUCCUGGUUAGAGGAUUUCCAGAUUUCCUGGUUAUUUCCUCCUAAUCUUCCAAACAGGAUUUCUGGAAAAAACAGGAAAUGAUGGCAAGUCCUAUGUCAUGCUUAUGAGAUGUUAAACGGUGUUAUGGCAUAUUCCUAGACAUCAGUCCGGUGCUACUACCUAGCAGCUGGUAAAGUUGGUCACAUAUGAACAAGGUAAUAAUACUAAUAAAGGGUUGUAUUUACAUAGAACCUUUCUACUAACUGAGGUAUUCAAAGCCCUUUACAUAGUAAGGGUGAAACUCACCUCAUCCACCACCAAUGUGUGGGUGAUGCACGGCAACCAUUUUGUGCCAGAACGCUCAUCACAUCAUUCACCUCUCCACCAUGCUAGCUGAUGUAUGGUGAGCGUUCUGGCACAAAAUGGCUGCCGAUUAGGAAUGAGGGGGAUGAUUAGGUGGCCAUGAUGGAAAUGGGUUCCAGGUUGUGAAUUUAGCCAGGAUCUGUAACAGGGACCAACAGGACCUGUAACAGGGACCAACAGGACCUGUAACAGGGACCAACAGGACCUGUAACAGGGACCAACAGGACCUGUAACAGGGACCAACAGGACCUGUAACAGGGACCAACAGGACCUGUAACAGGGACCCAACAGGACCUGUAACAGGGACCCAACAGGACCUGUAACAGGGACCCAACAGGACCUGUAACAGGGACCAACAGGACCUGUAACAGGGACCUACAAGACCUGUAACAGGGACCAACAGGACCUGUAACAGGGACCUACAAGACCUGUAACAGGGACCAACAGGACUUGUCCUUAAGACAAACUACAUAUUGCUACUUUAUCAGUAGAUUUAUUUCUUGACUUUUAUGAAAAUACACAUCUGUAUUAUUAAUUUAUUAAUAUUGUGUAUUCAGACUAUUUUCAUGAUCGAAACACAUCGUUUUAAGGUGUUAUCAUUAAGUAAGUUAUUUUGUAAAUUAAAUUUGGUGAUUAUGUAUUCAAGGAGUGGUUGACUGUGAUGAAUGUACAAAUCUUUUAGUAAUUUAUUGUUGAACAGUGCGAUUAUCUAAGUGUGUUGAUGAUGUGAUAUGACACAAAAUAAAUGGAGAUUAAAUUGAACAGAAAAUAUAUUUAUAUACAUUUUA